AUGAGCCUCCUGCUGCUGGCUGUGGGGCUGACCCUGCUUGGCAGCCCUCAGGCCCUGCACAUGGGUCUGCAGGACCCCAACUUCAACGAGAAUCUGAUCAGCGGCAAGUGGUUCUCGGUGGCCUUGGCCUCCAACAACCUGCACUGCGUUGAGGAGAAGGGAAACAUGAGGUUCUUCAUCCACGACAUCCAGGUGAAACACAAGAGCCUGCAGUUCCACCACUUCCAAAUGAAAGUCUGGGAAGAGGGCUCCGGACAGGCCCCAAGGAUAAACGGUAAGUGUGUCCCAGUUAUGAUGACGGCAAGAAAAACAAAAAAGAAAUUCCAGUAUGUGAUGCGACAUGCGGGUCACAACCUUGUCUUCCUGGAGAAAGUGGACCCCAAGUGCUUCGUCAUCUUCUGCACCCACAAGCAGCAGCACAGGAAGGAGACCGUGGUGGUGGAACUCUACAGCCGGACCCCUACUGCAAGCCAGAACGUCUGGCUUAUAUUCAGAGUACUGCCAAAGCCACGGGAUCAAACCUACCCAUGUCAUUGA